AUUCUGUACAUUGAGUGCCAUUCCAAUGGCACUAUGUCUCAGAUUUUACAUGUCUGUGAAUUCUCUAUUAAGUGACUUCGUUUAUUUUAGUUAACACCCCGCUGUGCGGUAAGAGAGGGAGAAGAGUGUGAAUGUCAAAGAAAAGCAAACUUCCUCUCCUAAUAAUAAAAGCGUCUUGUCCGAGGCGAGUGAUGGUCAUUUUGUGUUGAUGCAGUGCCAAUGCUCGGUUACUAAUCUAAACAAGAACAACGGUUAAUAUUGUUACUGUCGGCAUUUGUGUUGGAUAUAAUCUCACAAUGUGACAAAAACAAGUUUAGUUUUUGAUCGCUUGUCUCUUGCUAAACUCCUGAUGAAUGGAGAUGGAGUUGCUGGUGUUUUGUUCGAAAGCGACUAUAAUAAUUUUUCUGCAGUUCAUGUUUGUCCGCGCCGCGCAGCUACAUAUUGGAGCAUGUUUAUCAGAGCCAUCUCUCAAAAUCCGGGAAGGCAGUGCGGACUUCAUACUGACAGGAACAGUGCUGGACCUUAUACAAUAUGCUCCAGGGAAAGUUGGUCGUCUUUACAAGGCACAAGUGGCAGUGAAAAGGGUCAUCAAAGGUCACGCUGCGGUGCUCCGGCCCAUGAGCUUAAUCCUAAUUGAGAACUUUGGAGACACGUCUAUAUGCCAGGCGCAUGUGUCUAAGAAGGAUACGAAGAUCUUUCUUUUGACAGCAAACACGGAAACCGGCAAUUUUCGUCUGAAUUCUAGUGUUAUUCGAUUAACGCUGCACAAUUUGGAUAAGUUUUCCGCCCUAAUUAGAGGGUAUUCUUUCAGUACUCGAGCUCCUGUAGCAGAAGCGCCAUGUGAAAAGCACUACUGUGGACCACGUUCGAUUUGCAAAGGUGACAAGUCCAAUUCCAAAGCGAUAUGUACAGAACUGCAAGAUCCCUGUCUGAACCGCACCUGUCACUAUGGAGCUAUCUGUGCAGGCAACUAUCUAACCGGACAAAGCCAAUGUUUAUGCCCGCCAACGUGUGAUGCCUUUCCCAACAUCGACAUGCGGCAUACGUACGUUUGUGGAUCCGACAAUGUCACUUACGAAAACCAUUGUAAACUUCGAUUGGCCAGUUGUAAAGUGCAGAAAGCAAUAACAGUGGAAUCGAAUGGUGUUUGUGGUGGAUGCCAAAGAAAACAGUGCGAUUUUUAUUCCACAUGCGAACUGGAUGAAAAGGGGAUGGCUAAAUGUGUUUGCCCAUACACCUGCUCACCAGUGCAUAAACCAGUGUGUGGCGUCGACGGGAUAACAUAUCAAAACGAGUGCGAACUUCGCAGGACAGCAUGUGAACACCGCAGAUUCAUUGUUGUUGCCGCUCCUCAUCCGUGCGAAUCGCUACCGACAAACGCCAUAUCCGCCUCAACUGAUUAUGAGCCCGACGGUGGCGACGAUUGGGAAGACGCCGGUUCCGGCCAAGGAUCAACAGAUGCCGCGGUGGUCAGAGUGGCGUGCGAGGAAAAGAUAUGUUUGCCACUGGGCGGACACUGUUUACCCGCCAAUGAUGAUGGCAUGCAUUGUGUGUGCCAAUUUAAUUGCUCAUUGACGACGGGACGAGCCGUUUGCGGGAUAAACAGUCAUGAACCGCACAGCAGCAAGAGAUUAUUCACAAAUGAGUGCCUUCUCAAAGAGCAUGCUUGUCAACAGGGACAGCAGAUUUCUUCCCGUCCGGCAGCUGAAUGCGAAGAUGUUGAUAUAUUGCCGUGCUACGGAGCAGAACCGCUGCGGAAUAAUAUCACGCACCAAGUCCUCCACUGCGGUGAGAGGACCAAAAAUGACGAAAAAUGCCCAGUUGGCAGUUACUGUCAUCAGUCCAUAUCGGGAGGAUUUGCCCAAUGCUGUCCGGAAGAGAAAUCCCGGAAAAGUGCCUGCGCUCAAACCCAAUACGGGUGCUGUCCCGAUGGCUUUACACCGGCAAAAGGUCGUCACAAUCAAGGCUGUCAAACGGCUCCAUCAGCAUCUGUGACGAACGAAGCCUGUCGAUGCAAUAAGUUGGGAGCCGUGUCGGCGCAGUGCGAUGAUGAGACGAAGCAGUGCAAGUGUAAACUGGGAGUGGGCGGUGCCCGAUGUGACCGCUGUCAGAGGGGAUUCUGGGGACUGCACCGAGCUGUUUCCGUUUCCAAAGGCUGCAUGCCGUGCGCUUGCUCCAAUUUCGGAUCGGUCCGGCCCGAUUGCGAACAAAUGACCGGACGCUGUCUGUGUAAGCCAGGUGUUCUCGGGAUCAAAUGCGACAGAUGUCCGGACAACAUGAUUCUACAGCCAGCAGGGUGUGUUUCCGCCGAUUCCUACCCGGUACAACCGUCGUCCUGCGGCGAGCUGCUUUGUCAUUUGGGCGCAAUUUGUGUCCAGAGAAAUGGCCACGUUGAAUGCGUCUGUAAUAUGACUUGCAAGGAAAAUGAUGUAUCGCCGUCCGUUUGUGGAUCGGACGGAAGGACGUAUUCCAGUGUGUGUCAGUUACGGAUCCAUGCUUGUCAACUCCAGAAAGAUGUUACCAUCGUUUCCUGGGGUUCUUGUGGAGAAGCUGCGGGACCAGCUGCUGCAGUGGCCACCGCGUCAUCCCACUUUGUGACCUUAACACCGCUGGCCGUCACACUCCAGGCGGAUCACGAUAUUAAGGAUAUUUACAAGAGCAAUGACUUGUUCCAUGAUACGGACAGCAAAGCGCAAUCAUUUCAAAAAUUGACAACCUUCGGUUAUCUUGGGCACUCCUGCGACCGGGACUCAGAUUGCACUGUAAAGCACAGCGCCUGUCCGAGAGGCAAAUGCACUUGCAUCGAUGGAUUUGAGCCGCUUAUGGACCAGCAGCAAUGUCAAAAGUUAAAGAAGUCCGCUUUUCCCAAAGACGCGGCGUGUGGGAAAAAACCUUGUGAAAACGCAGGGACAUGUGUAAAGAGUGCAAAAACUGGCCAAGCAAGUUGUGCUUGCGCACCGGGAUUUCAGGGAAAAUUUUGCGAAGAAGCGACAUUAACAACAAUCCCAUCUUUUGGCGGGAAGUCAUUUUUUGAACUGAGGCCGAUGAGUGGAUACACGCAGCUAAAUAUUGAACUGGAUUUUCAAGCACAUGCAUUAGAUGGCAUUAUCCUGUACAACGGUCAGAAGUCGGAUGGUGGUGGUGAUUUUGUUUCCCUGUCACUCAAUAAUGGCUUCGUGGAGUUCCGAUACGACCUUGGAGAUGGCCCGGCGCUAAUACGCAGCACAUCCCAAGUCGUCAUCGAUAAGCGCCAUCGAAUAACAGCUAAGAGGUUUAAUCAAGACGGAAUGCUACGCUUAGACGAUAAUCCCGAGGUUUUGGGCAAAUGUCCUGGGAGUAGGAAGUUUCUGGAUUUGGAUGAGAGUCUCUUUAUAGGAUACAUUCCUUACAGUAAUCCAACAGUUUUUGACAAAAUCGGAACGAAAAGUGGUUUUGUUGGUUGCAUCUAUUCCGUUCGAACUGGCAAGAAAUUCCUGGGAUUAACAGAUCCAGGAUUUCAGGAUACGAUUGCUGCUUUUGAAAUAGGGGAAUGCGGCGUUAGCGCUUGUGUCAGUUCUCCAUGUAAAAACGGGGGCACAUGUGAGGCAAUAUCCAAAGGUCAUCAGUACACUUGCAUCUGUCCUCAUAAUUUUACAGGAGACCAAUGCGAAAAAGCGGCUUCGGUAACAGCGACAGACCAAGAAUGCAAAAACUGCCAAACCAGCGCAGCCCUUGCACUAAUGGACAGUGAAAAAAUUGUACAUGUUUGUCCAGAUGGAUCUCACGCUCUGAAUUGUGACCCGAAAUCAUCCCGAGCGCCUUUUGUUGCCGAUUUUUAUGGACCCUCGUACAUUCAGUUGCCUCGAAUCACUGAUGCUAAUCCUUUUUUAAACAUCGAAAUCUGGUUUAAUACGCGCUCAGAAAGUGGUUUGCUCAUGUACGCCGCAAGGCUGCUCACUGGUGAUGGCGAUUUCGUUGCGGUCAAUCUGCGCCAGACCAGGCUGGAAUUCCUCUUCGAUCUGGGCGAUGGGAUCGUAAACAUAACAUACCCGGAAAUUGUCAUUUUGAACGAAUGGCACACGACCAAAAUUUUUCGUCACGGAAAACGUGCUUCCCUUCAGCUGGACAAUGGAGCAAUAGUCAGUGCCGAAUCUCAGGGCUCUCUUGCGGAAUUAAACCUUGAAAUGGGAACCUUUAUCGGCGGAGUGAAAAACUUUUUCCAAACUGCGCGUUCUGCCAAGUUGGAUUCUUACUUCGAUGGAGCGGUGCAGAUGGUCAAUAUUAAUGGACGCCAGUGGGAUGACCUUUCGCAGGAAGCAGCGGAAAUGAACAAUGUCAAACCAUUCAGCGGUCCGCCAUGUCACGAAAAAGAAGAAAAAUGUCUAAAUGGUGGAUUGUGUAUUCCGAGAUUGUCCACAUUCAAAUGCAAGUGCCAGCCAAUGUUUGGGGGUGAGCGGUGCGAGAAAGCUCUGGCUGCGGAUUUUUCCAAAACUUUAUUGCAAAAGGCCGUUCGGUUUGACGGACAUACGUUUUUGGAAUAUCCAAAUUUAGUCACAAAAAGCUUGGACAAUCAGGAACGAAAUUCUUUCAAGUUCCGUGUGAAAACAACUUCACCAAAUGGACUAAUUGUUUGGCAAAGCAAAGGAAAAAGCAUCCGGGGUGAUUUUAUUGCCAUUGCAAUUGUGAAAGGAUAUGUUCAGUUCAGUUACGAUUUGGGAAAAGAACAGGAGUUUUUUGCAAUUACGUCUGUGAUACUUGUAAAUGAUGGAAAAUGGCAUACUGUUGCGGCUGAAAGAAUCAAAAGAUGGGGCAGCCUUCAAGUCGACGACGAAACUGCACGGACAAAAACUUCCAGUCCGGGAGCAACUGCGCUAAAUACGAACGGAAACAUCUACAUUGGGGGAUCCACGGAUCUACACCAAGAAAUCCCCGCAUCAUACCACCACGGAUUCGAAGGAUGUCUUGAACAUUUUUACAUCGAAAAUCAACAGCUUUCGUUGUUUUCAAACUCUUCUAAUGGACUAAAAGCCUGCUCAUGAUUUGUUUCGAUAAACGCCAAACCAGAUAUAGAACUGUUCGGAACUUCCGAUGACCCGAUACACUCUUCCUAAGCCACUGCCGCGCUGUCCCAAUCCAAGGAUGCCUAUGCCAAAUAUUUUUUUAUUGUUUUGUUUUCUAUUUGCGAUAGAUUAUCGCGGUAUGCCACUUGCAUUCAUAUUACGAGAAUAAUUCUUGGAGAAAACGCACGACUGUUGUACGAAGUUAAGGCAAAAAUAACAUGCGAAGUACCGCAGUUAUUCCAAGUGACUGUCAAUGAAUGCGAAAAAUUCUUCGAAAUCUAAGCCAUCUUUUAUUCACGAAAGCGGUCGGUGUAUGCGCCAACAAUUAUUCCAAUUUCCAACGUUUUUGAUGAAUA